AUCUAGGAAGAACUGGAACAAGGUGAUUAGACAUGACCUUUGACUUCUGGAUCUUAGCAAAGAUAUGAACUUAGAUAGAGAUGUUUGGAGAUCUAGUACUAGAGUAGUUGGACCUGAGGUCCUAGAUGUCAUGAGAUAUCACUCACAUCUUCUCAUAUCAAUUCCACCUGUUCCUGCCAUCGGUGAUCCUAUGCUUCAACAUAAAGAAUUACUAAAUAAUAGUUUGAAAGAUGGCGAUCUCAGGUGGCUCGGCUACUUGUCAUCAACUAGUCUAUAUGGGGACUGUAGUGGUGCAUGGGUAGAUGAAGAGUUUCCAGCAAGGCCUACAAACGAAUCGGCUAGAGCUAGAUUAGCUGCUGAAGAAGGAUGGCUGCAGUUGGGUCUUGAUUUUGAGGUUGCUGCCCAUGUAUUCCGACUUGGUGGUAUCUAUGGCCCUGGCAGAAGUGCUGUUGGUACCAUUCUUAAGCAGGGGAAUCUCUCAAAGAAUCAGGUCAUAAGAUCUUCCAAGCAUUUUAUCUCUCGAGUUCAUGUUGCUGACAUCUGCCAAGCACUCAAUGCCAGCAUCCAGAAUCCAUCGCCGGGUAGGAUAUACAACAUUGUGGAUGAUGAGCCUGCUCCUAGAGAGGAAGUGUUUGGAUUUGCUGAGAGAUUGGUUGAGAAGAAAUGGCGAGACAUCGUCAUCACCAAACAGUGCGAAGAACAUUCACCAGUUCUGUCCAGUGGAGCUUAUAGAGGAGGCGAAAAGCGAGUUUCAAAUGCCCGGAUGAAAAAAGAACUUGGAGUUAAGCUGAUUUACCCAACAUACAAGUCUGGGCUGGUUAGCAUCAUUGACCAAAUGGCUAUGCCCUGAAAAAAGUAGAUGACCAUAUAUUCAUCAAGAAAGGGAAAGGGCUAAAAGUGUCUCCAUGGGAGUAUCCUUUGGGUCACUAUACCAAGAUCCUCAAGAAAGCUAAGUUGAUCUCUUAACCCUAUUAGCAAUUGAUGCAAAUAGGAGAAAACUGUUCACUUGUUAAUUGCAUAACUAAUUAAGGAGUGGUGCUAGAAUAAAAUCAAGUUUGACAUCGCGGAUGACAACUGUUUGUAAAUUUGCACCCACACACACUAUAAUCAUCUGCGAAUUGUACUUGUUCCCAUAAGAUUGCAUAAAUUACAAUUAAGGUU